UAGCGCACAGGAAGUGGGGACGCGGCUCCGUGCCGGGGCCCGCCCGGUUCUGUCUUCGUUUUGCUGACUCAAACCGCAGCUUCCAAGGAGAGGAUGGGAAGUGGAAUUAAAUACUCAAGUGCCAGAAGAAAACUUAGGGCAGCCAAUGAAAAUUACUGUUACUAAACUGUAGGCUUCUUGGGAGAAAAUGCUGCUGUUGACUCAAAGCUUUUAAAAUUACUUUCCCAGACUUUCCUCACUGAACUACAAAUAAGCUAAAACCCUUCAUCUAGGGUUAAGUUAGGAAAUGGAAAUAUGACUCCUUGCUGGCUGUUUUCUGUCCUCCUCUGUCUCUGCAGGGUUUUUUGUUUGGAGUAGGAAAUCCAGAAUAAAUUGUAUGGCAUCAAUCAAACUUACAGUUGAUGGUUAUGGGUGACAUAGAAACACCAGAUUCAUCUCUCUGCUAUGACACUUGAUUAAGGCGAAGGCUGAAAGCUGCUCAUCAACUACUUGAUCAAAACUUGUAGUAACUACUGUGGUCGUGCUUUCUCUCCCUAAGGUUUGAACUCUGAGGUGAUGUUGCCUGGAAGGCAUGAGCAGCUAAGUCAUCUUUUUGGAUUGGAAACAGACAUAAUAUGAGAAUGCCCAGAAGAGGCUUAGUAAUUCAAGCCAGGACUCGCUGGCUAUUAGUGGGCCUUGCGCUACUAUUUAGUUUGGUCUUGCUCAUGUACUUGCUCGAGUGUGCUCCACAAUCAGAUGGUAACGGAUCUUUGCCUGGUGUUGUAGGUGAAAACAUGGGUAAAGAAUACUAUCAAGGUCUCUUGCAGGAACAAGAAGAGCAUUAUCAAACUCGAGCUACCAGUCUGAAACGUCAGAUUGCCCAGUUAAAGCAAGAGCUUCAGGAAAUGAGUGAUAAAUUGAAAUCCCUACAGGAAAAAAAGACCCCCAAGGUCAAUGGUGUGAGCUACCAGGGCACCAAAGAACAAGCAUCCAAUGAUCUCCUAGAAUUUCUUCAUUCCCAGAUUGACAAAGCUGAGGUGAGCAUGGGGGCCAAACUGCCUAGUGAAUAUGGUGUCAUUCCAUUUGAAAGCUUCACAUCCAUGAAAGUAUUCCAGUUGGAGAUGGGACUCACUCGGCAUCCAGAAGAGAAACCCGUUAGAAAGGAUAAACGAGAUGAAUUGGUGGAAGUUAUUGAGGCUGGCCUAGAAGUUAUCAAUAAUCCAGAUGAAGAAGAUGCACAAGAUGAAGAAGAUGGAAUAGGAGAGAGGCAGCUGUAUAGCGAAAAUGAUUUCAUUGAAGGUUACUAUCGUACAGAAAGAGAUAAGGGGACACAGUAUGAGCUGUUUUAUAAGAAGAUGGAUGGCAUGGAAUACAGACAUGUCACUUUGUUCCGACCCUUUGGACCCCUCAUGAAAGUGAAGAGUGAAACGGUCGAUAUUUCUAGAUCCCUCAUUAACGUAAUUGUCCCUCUUGCUGGAAGAACUGAGGCAUUUGCGCAGUUCAUGCAAAACUUUAGGGAUGUAUGUAUUCAUCAGGAUAAGCGUGUUCACCUCACAGUGGUGUACUUUGGAGAAGAUGGACUGUCUGAAGUAAAAAGCAUCUUAGAAUCCGUGGCCAGGGAAACUGACUUCCACAAUUACACAAUUGUCUCUCUGAAUGAGGAGUUUAACCGAGGCCGGGGACUUGACAUGGGUGCCAGAGCCUGGGAGAAGGGCGAGGUGCUGAUGUUCUUCUGUGAUGUUGAUGUUUAUUUCACAGCUGAGUUCCUCAACAGUUGUCGUUUGAAUGCUGAGCCUGGGAAAAAGGUUUUUUAUCCUGUGGUAUUCAGCCUGUAUAAUCCUGCUAUUGUCUACGCCAACCAAGAAAUUCCACCCCCUGUGGAGCAACAACUGGUGCACAAGAAGGAUUCUGGUUUCUGGCGGGAUUUUGGCUUUGGGAUGACUUGUCAGUAUCGGACAGACUUUCUGACUGUUGGAGGUUUUGACUUGGAAGUGAAAGGCUGGGGCGUUGAGGAUGUUCACCUUUACAGAAAGUACUUGCACGGUGACCUUAUUGUCAUCAGGACACCAGUCCCUGGUCUCUUCCACCUCUGGCACAAAAAGCAUUGUGCAGACGAGCUCACUCCAGAGCAGUAUCGCAUGUGUAUCCAGUCCAAAGCCAUGAACGAGGCCUCUCACUCGCACCUUGGGAUGCUGGUCUUCAGGGAGGAGAUCGAGUCUCAUCUCCGUAAGCAAGCUUACAGGACUAACAGCGAAGCAGUGGGUUAAAUGUCACUCCUGUGACAUCUGAUGACUUCAUAUUCACAACGAACCAGCACCAUUUUACAGCCUUAAUUCAGCUUAAAAAUGCAGUGCCUCUCUUUUUUCAGUGAAGGAGACUUUAGAGGAUUUUUGCUUCUUGUGUUUGUUUUCAGAGCAAUUCUUUGACUGAUGGGUGGUUACCUACAUAUCUUGCAAGUCCAAGCGCCUCAAACAAAUGGGAAAGCAUUUGUAGCUCAAGGCAAGCAUCUUCAGUGGAAUGUACAACUCUACACCUUUCCAUGUGGUACAUUUGAAUUCUUUCUUUUACAUUGUUUUAAUAAUUAAAUAGUAUUUUUUUUGUUGUCUUGAGUAUUUUCAGUCUCUGUGGAUUACUUCACUGUGUCUUGACACUCCGUUGCAGACAGGAGAGAAAGGCGUGGAGAAAUCUCACUGUGGAAGGUAUCUGGGACAUGCUGAGCGCUGACAGUCAGGUUCCUGAUUUCACAGCAGGGGCCUGGUGCUGCACUGGCUGUAUUAAGAGACGUUCACGUGGCUAAAUGUGGAAUAACUGGCGUGAAGGAGGGAGGAUGAAAAUCUUGGAGUGGAGUUUUAGAGCAUAUAACGUAAUUUCAUGCUGCAGAAGAGACCACCUUCUUGUCUCUGUGACGGAUCAGACACGUUGGGAACCUUCCAGUUGGGAGUUUCUGUGUCUGGUCUUUUCCCACAGUAGAUACCACAUCACAGAAUCCGAGCUUCUGUCAACUGAGUCAUGCUGUUAAACUCAUUUACUUCAAGAUUUUCAGCCCCGUUCCUCUUUUUUCCAAGGCCCAGUCUAUACAUCUCAUGCUUUUAAGUUGAGGAACCCAUAUAAAUUUAUUGGAGGCCCAUUUACUGUUAUGUCAUUGUUGUCCUUUUGCUUUCUUGUUCGUUCUGGCAUUUUCCUGACGUUUUCAGGAGGCAGUUGUAUACCUUUAUCUGUUUCAGUUACUCUAAUGGCAAGUGCUAUUACAGUCUUUCUUCAUGCAGUGUUCUCCAUUUCACUGAUUAUCCUAGCAGCCUUACUUUUGUUCAGUUUGAAAGGGUUCUAGGGGGUUUGUUGGUUACUUUGGGGAGUGUUUCUCUCUCUCUUUUUUUUUUCCUUUGUGUUUGUUUUUUGGGUUUGGUUUUCUGAGCAUGCAUAAGCAGAAUUAUUCUGUGGUCUCAUUGGUGCCUUAUACAAUGGCACUACUGCUUCACUACUUCCCUUUUGGGAUGCAUAAACAGUUUAAAUGCAGACAGGUAAUUUUUCUCCCUGUUGUCUUAUAUGCUACUAUAUGGCAUGUCUCAUUUUUUAUACAUCUAUUUACAAAAUGAAUGAGUCCUGAGAAUGCUAAUUCAGUGGUUAAACCACAUCCAUGGUCUCCCCUGAAUUUAGAAAUGAGUUGAAAACCCCUUCCAAAACCAGGUGAUGAAGAUUUCUUUAUGAAUUUAGUUGGCUUCAAGAAUUCUGAAGGCAACUAAGUGUUUAAAUGGUUGAUUUCUGGAUAGCAGAUAUGCUGUGUGCAUAUUUCUGGGCACUGAUCCUUUUUGUAUGUACAUAAAAUUUGCCUUUAUGUAACUUAUUGUGGAAAACAGUGUACUGUAUUGUAUUUAGAGUGAAGAGGAUGCAUUGCAAGACUUCUUGCAGAUGAUAUUCUCAAAAUAAUAAAGGGAAUUUCUGCAUUUUA